UCAUCGGUGCCUUUCCCAUCUUUAUUUUCCCGGACGACAAGCCAAGCAAGCCCAACAAAUUCCAAACCCCCACGCAAGAAAUUCCAAAUUGCCACACGCGAAUCCUCGCUUUCCCUUCCGAGCACGAUCCAUCCAUCCCAUCCCAAAGGAACAGGGAGCUGCUGCUGCUGCAUCUUCCGUGGUCCCGGUUCUAGGGACUAAGCAAGUACAAGAUCCUCUCGAUGGCUUGUUCUGAUGGUGAGGCUGAGCACCAAUGGAUACAGAAUGUCAAGUCAGGAGGAGCAGUUCCUUGUCUACCGCCCGAAAACUGUCCUAAUGGUUGGGCUACUCCUCCUGGUGACACUUUUAUGGUCAGAGGCCCAGAAUAUUUUGCAACCAAGGCAAAAAUACCUGGUGGGGAGUAUCUUCUGAAGCCUCUUGGAGUUGAUUGGAUCAAAGGCCCAGUAAAAAUCUGUGAGGUCCUGAAAAACAGGAACCAUCGUGUGAGGAAAGCCAUCGAUGAGGAGGUUUCUCACGGCAAUAAACCUUUUGUCUGGGCCUUCAACUUGCAACUUCCCAGCAAGGAGAACUACAGCGCGAUAUUUUACUUUGUCUCACUGGAACCUGCACCCGAGGGCUCGCUGAUGGAUCAAUUCCUUAAAGGGGAUGAUGCUCUCCGUAAAUCCAGGCUUAAACUGAUAGCAAACAUAGUUAAGGGUCCCUGGAUUGUCCGAAAAGCUGUGGGUGAACAAGCCAUCUGCAUACUUGGCAGAGCACUUUCGUGCAAGUAUGUCGAGGGAUCAAACUUCAUCGAAGUUGAUGUGGAUAUUGGGUCUUCCAUAGUUGCAAAUGCAAUUGUUCAUCUGGCAUUUGGUUACGUGGCGACACUGACUAUAGAUUUAGCAUUUGUUAUUGAGAGUCAAGCUGAAUCAGAGCUCCCCGAGAGACUUCUUGGAGCUGUAAGGUUCUCUGAGUUGAGUCCGGGAUCAGCUGGUGUGUAUGAAGUGCCAUCUGAAGAGCAGCAGGAAAUUGCUCCAAUUCUGCCUUCAAGAUUAUGGCGGAGUUUUUCCCAACUGCUACAGAACCCAGGCAACUCAAUGCAGCCGUCGCCUAGCUCAGAAAACACUAACGGAAACUUUCACAAAGAAGAUGCUGGUAACAGCGAUAAUUGAUAUCCCUGAAUCCCAUACUAGAGGAGAUGUAUACACCUCCCAUCAAAAGGAUGCCUUCAUUGGUUGAGGAUAAUAUGCCAGUUCAGGCGAUGUGUAAAAGUUGAAUUUGUUUUUAUGACGAUGGACGACGGCCUCAGGUAGUUGUGGAUUAUCAUAGUUCCGGGCCCUGCUGUAAAAAUGAUACAUAGUGGUCAAGAGAAAACAACAUCUUUCUGUACAUAUUAACUAAAUUUACCUUUUAGCCCGAGAAAUUGAGAUGUUGCAUUGCAUUCUCUA